CUGCAGUUGUCUUAGACUCUCAGCACUGUAAAAGUCGUUAUCAAUACGGGUUGCUUUUAGCACAUGUCCGUUUCGCUGGAAUGCCUUCCAUGGUAAGGUAGAAAGGCAAGUGGAUGGCAGGAGAGCCUGUCUCGCCUGUCAAGCGUUGAAACUGAGGUUUGGCCGCCGGGGCACCCCGUGCGGGGAUUAUGAGCUCGGGAGCUGUGAAACUGGACGCCGGAGGCGCGCGGGCCGUUUGGCUGCGACAAAUAUUUGCCAUUGAGCGGCACAGCCGCCUCCGGACAGCUCAGGAUACAGUCAACCAGUUGGAGGAACUAUUGACAUUACUGAGUUCAUCUUGGAGAGUAUACCGUGGAUCUUGCUUCCUUUUUUUUCUUCUUUUUCUUUGGCAUCGGACGUCCCACCAAGCUUCCACAGAUCCGGACCGGAACCCGGCCGCACAUGGAUUCGAGGUCGCAAUCAUUCCUGCGCGCCUUCCGUGUCUGCGUUCAGCAGUCCCGGUUCCUGCUCCAAGAAAUGCAAUCGUAGUCGGGCGAAAAGCACCCCCAGAUUCGUGGGCGCAAACAAGGCGGAGAUUUUUUUGUACCGCGAAUCUUUUAAAAAACGGGCGCGAGAUCGGUCGGACGCGCCGUGGAGCUUGGCACUUGCGUCGGAUCCGCAUUCAGCCCGGACGGAGCCAACGCCAAAGCGCCGUGCUGGGUGUGGCGGUAGGCAGUUUGGCGACGGCACACACGCCCAGUGCGCCUUAAACAUGGCCGCAUCUGCAGCCGUCAUCAGUUGUCACAAGCACGGGAGACUGCUGGCUCGCUCCCGCUCCCGCCGAUGCCUGCAAAUCAGAAGCAAACGAAACGGUCGGCCGGCCGGGUGCUACCGGCUUUCUCGUCGGUCCGUCAUUGUAGUGCCAAUCGCUUGGGGAAAGAGGCAAGAGCACAGGGCGAGGUAAGAAAACCGGAAAUGCCGAGGAACACUGCUUU